AUGGAGCCGUCGCCUCUGACCCAGGACUCGCGGCCCGAGGUAUUCCAACCCAAAAUCAUCCACCUCUACGAAACGUUGUUCAAGGAAGACGACGAAGAUGUCGAGCUAUCAGCCGGUUUCUGGCAAGAAUUCUUCCUCCACCGACCUGAUUCCAGCGGCCUGAAACGCAUACUGGCCUCGAUAGCGCCAGAAGAGAUGCUCCACCAACAAGCGCAUUCGCAGCAACUCUUCCGCCAGGCCAUCGACCGCGUCAAGCAAGCCAAAGCGCCCGCCGACGAAAUCGCCCUCGAGACCUUGACAGUCUUCCUCGAUGCCGCUCUUACCAAGAAAUACACGAAUCCUAGCUCCGAUAUCAUAUCUGUCCUCACUGGUCUGAACGAUGCGGAUGCUGUUAUGACGGAUUUUGUGGCGACGCUGGAUACGGCUAUACGGGGCGGGAGAGAUAUUCCUUUGCGCCUGAGGGCCGUCCGGGCAACUCUUUCUAUAACCGCCGCUGGCUUUCAGACAGCGCUUCCGAGUUACUUUACACACCGCGACCUCUUCCCCUCGCUCAUGAAGUACAUCCAAGACUGCGACUCGAGCACCCAAGUACUCCCCGCGCUCUACCUCCUUGGCCUCCUUACCAACUACAAUAAGUUCGAGUUUCAGAAUCCGUAUAGACUGCGGCUGGACGACUUUGUCAAUGAUGCCAUUAUACAGGAUAUGGUGGCUUGCUUUGGGGAUACGUGUACGAAGCUGAGGGACGCUUAUGUAGCUGUGCAGGACGAUAUGCCCGAGGGAUGGUCGCUGGGGAGUACGUUGAGUUAUAUAGGGCUGGGUGCUCUUGCGCCGAAUUCCAGGCCGACGACACCUGUACCGGCUCCUGAAGAGGCGAAGAGCCUUUUUGCUGGGCUACCCGGGCCAGAAGUCGGCGUUCUACUCUCCACAUACGACUUCGCGAACGCCAACAAAGUCUUCUGCUUCAAUCUGGUCAAAUCUGUCUCAGCGGACAAGAGCGAGCAGCCAUCCUCCCUCAGCGCAUACCUUUCCUUGACCUCCUACAUGUUCCAGCAUGCGCAUCGGUCGGCGAGGGCUGCACUGUACACAUACCUUAGCCUCUUUGUGCUGCAAAUUCUCGUCGAGGACCAGAUUCUCGCCAAACGGUUAUGCAGUGACGAGUCGAAGCUUUCGGUACGCUUGUGUCGCCAGAGACAACCUUAUCUGCCUGUAGUGAGGGGCGAACGUGUCCCUGCGGCUGUCAUCCUAGACAUGAUGUCCGACGCCAUCAGCCACAACUUGCGUCGGCGGUUAGACGUCGACUUUUACAUCCUCUGUCUCGGUGUCUUGCUACGUCUACUCUCCCACCUCGGUCGAACCAAAACGCGCAUCACAUACCACUGGUCCGAACUCUGGCGCACCUUACUCUCCUUUGUCCGCUUCCUUACUACCUACGAAAGCGACAUCAAGUCAAACUACAAAUCAAGCGGUAUGAUCAAUAUUCUGGUCAAUCUGCUAGCGUUUGCACUUUCCAGUGGAGAAAACUUUUUACCGGACCCCGCGGCCUACGAUGACCUCUUUUACAAGCUCGUCGAAAGCGGGGAUACACUCAUCAAGUUUAGAGAUGCCUUUGGGCUCAAGGGUCAAUCGGACAGCAUGCAGACACUUAUCAAUGUGUCGAGUCAUUACCAAUCCCUACUCAAUGAAAAGGGGAGGAAGCAUCUUAGCCCGCAGGAAGUUGGGCAGGUUAUUAAGCAGGGGUACGAGACGCUGUCGAUUGAUGCGAGUGAAGGGCUGGAUCGGUGGGAGAAGUUCAGGGAGGCGGAUUUCAAGUCAGCUCUGAAGAAGAUUGCGAGAGUUGUUGUGGAGGAUGCUAAGGCGCUGAAUGAGGGAUAG